UGGAUUAUUUCUCUUGUAACAUGCUCUGAACACGCACCUUCGACAAUAACGUAUUUGAACCUGAGACUUAUUUUCGAUGAUCCUGAUUUUGUUCAAGCCAGGUAGUAUAGUGAUGCUUAUUUUCUGAUUCUAUGACGGAGCAGCUAAACGUGUGCGGCUAUUUCUAUAUAGAAGGGAAUUAAUUUUUAUACCACCGCCCUUUUCUGUACAGCUCUUGUUCCAUUCUGCCCACCGAUGAGAAAGGUUCCGCAAUUGCAAGACUCUCUCUUCAGAGAGCCGGCGUUGCUUUAGCUCCUCUUUCAACCUCUACUUCCAGACCAGACCUUUAUUUCUUUCAUGAAGAUUGGACACCGGAUGUUUCUUUAACCAACUGAACCCACCAAAAAGUAAUUUUGCAAUCGCCGUCAUCUUCUCUUCCAUCUUCGUAUCACCUUCGUUAUCGUCAUCGACGUCGCCAUGGCACGCAUCUUCGCAAUAUCCGAUCUCCACGUCGAUCACCCAGACAACCUUCGAUGGCUGGAGGGACUGCCUUUCCAUCGGUACGAAAACGACGUCAUCUUAGUAGCUGGUGACGUCACAGAUAAGCUUCCUCUUCUCAAGUCGAGUCUCAUCACCCUCACCAAAAGGUUCAAGACGGUUUACUUUGUACCAGGCAACCACGAGUUGUGGGUCAAAGAUAGGAACAUUAUGAACAAUCACAUGAACUCGGUGGAGAAAUUUGACCGGAUCCUGGACCUGUGUGAGACAAUAGGAGUCCGAACUGACCCGGGCAGAGAGGUCUUGCCAGAUGGCGAUGCGGUGUGGAUAGUCCCGCUAUUUUCAUGGUAUGCAACACCCGAAGACGACAAACAAGACUCACUUCACAUCACUGCCAGUCAUCUCCGUGAAGACGUCAAGCUCUGUAACCAGCUCUGGAUGGACAACCACAACUGCGCCUGGCCCAAGGACCUCGGUAUGCCACGCGCCAAAUUCUUCUGCAAGCUCAAUAACGCGCGCACGCAGACAAUCUACGACGCGCCCGUCAUCACAUUCAGCCACUUCCUGCCGCGUAAAGAACUGGUGAAGUCAACCAUCGAAGACGAUCGGUGUAUCGUCCACGAACGACGCCAUCUUGGAAAGCCGUUGUUGCUUCCCAAGAGACAGGGUUCGAUAAAAGGUUUCAACUUCACCCGGUACGCCGGCUGCCAUGGAUUGGACGCGCAGGUAAGGACAUUGGGCUCGUUUCUCCACGUCUACGGGCACCAACAUCGUAAUCGCGAUCGUGUUAUUGAUGGAGUACGGUACGUGUCACACUGUCUGGGCUACAAAAGGGAACGCGAAGAGGGGUUCACCUACGGAAUCAGAGAAUGGAACGGCCCUAAACAGGUAUACCCAUCCGCGCAUAACCCUUAGUACUUCUCCACACCUUUUCUGGUCCCUGUUAUCCUAAAAUUUAAACGCGUCGCUGGGUCUGAGUUUGGGUUAUAAAAGUCACUUCACAAUUCUAAGAUUUCCCUUCGUCUAACGUGACUUUUGUCCUUGCAUCGGGUUAAUUUAAAUAAGUAGAAUAAUUAUAUACGGGACAUUUUGUUUUUGAGAUAUAAACUAUCUUAGACAACGACUAUACCGUCAUUCGUGUUGUCCCCACAGGCUGCAUUUGCAUGGCUUUUGGUUAUCUACCGUUCUUAUCUAAAGCUUUUUUUUAAUCAUCUUUAUUGCUUAUCAUCUUUAUUAGCUUAGAUACAUGAUGAAUAGCCGAAAGACUCGGUUUUAGAUAUCAACUAUGUUGUAUUCAAAUUUGCAAUUAUCAAGGGAUAAGUAUUGAGAGUCUUAAAUUGAUUAAAUUGCUAUAUACUUUCUCAGAAAAGAUCUAUUUGUUGGAAUAAAUUAUAGGAUUUCAUUAGAAUCAAAAUUACAGAGCAAAAUAAUUAGAAUGUGAUUAUUCUAGAAUCUAGAUACAUAUAAAGCAUCUAUUAAAUUCAUUUGGGACAGUAAUCAAUAUUUGUGCAUGUCUAAUGAUCUUAAACUAUGAGGUUACACUCGACGAAUAGUAAAAUGUUUCAUAAUGAGGACUAAAACAGAGAGUGCAUUCUCUAGAGCGUUUACAUGUUAAAAUCUUGCGCUUUUCUGCUCCCAUCGCCCGAAAUAUAACGAAAUUAGUGAACACACUGUAUUUUAAAGAUAUUAACUUAGUCAUUAAAACCUGUUUACCUUUGUUGUACAUCAUGAUUAUUUUGCGCCCCCUCGAUGCUAUUAUCAAGAUGAAUUAAUAGUUCCUCGUCGAGUCUAUCAGGGUAUUUUUCAUUUUGGAGAGAGAAAGAGAGAGACAGAGAGAGAGAGAGAGGGAGAGAGAAAGAGAGAGAGAGAGAGAGGGUGAGUGAGAGAGAGAGUUUAUGUGCUUGUCUAUGUGUGUGUCGAUGAGUAUAUAUAUAUAUAUAUAUAUAUAUAUAUAUAUAACAUAUGUACAUACAAAUCUCUAUUAAUUUACAUGUAGUGUGUUGUCAUGAAUGUAUAUGGUUUAU